UUUCCUCAAAUCAAUCGGAUUUCUGCUGGGAUCCCCAUUUUGUAAGGAUUUAAUUGGAGAACUCCCACAUGCUCUCCUUUAAGCAAUCGGAUACAGGAUCAAACUAGGAUUGACCCUUCAUGCCUAUAAAAAGAAACGUUUCCAUCACAAGGCCCUACAUCUCAAAAGAAAUUAAACCUACAUUUUCAGUUUAGUCUUCUGUCUUGCCUUUUUUGUAGUUCUUUAGAUUAAGCCCUAGUUGAUAAGACCAGUUAUCAAUGGAGAAACAGUUUCUGUCGCUGUUUGAGUCAGCAAAGAAAUCUGCAGCCAUUGUGGCCACUUCUGCUUCAAUAUUUCCUGAAGUUUAUCGAUGCCUAGAUGCUUUGGACCAGCUUAAGAGGUUCCCCGUAACAUCAUCCAGGGUUCUUGUCUCCACUCCUGUUGCAAAAGAAGUUCAAUAUCUCACAAAACACCGUGUAAAGAUGAUCAGAACUGCUGCUUCUUGCUUGCUGGAUGCUUGGAGUAGGAAUCUGUACGCAAGAAACCCCGCCAUUGAUGGUAAGACUCAGCCAACAAAAUCUACAAGUGGGUCAAGACCGGGGACCCUUAUUGUCAAGAUACAAGGAAGAGUAAUAGGAAGGGUUAAAGUUAACAUGCCUAUUCAGACAGAGAAGAAGAUAAAAGAAGAGAAAGAAAAUGGUUCUAGUUGUUUCAAGAAACCACCACAAGAUCCUGCCAUGCACUGCACAAAGCCAGGGAAAGUACAAAGUAUCAGGCGCUGUUUCAAGAAACCAUCUACCAAGCGCAUCACACAGCAAGAGAAUGUGAAAGAUUUCUGUAGUUUCAAGAAACCAUCCGAAGAACCUGUCAAGUGCAGUGAUGGCUUGCGUAGCAAGGUCAGGCACAUUCUUGUGGAGUCCUUGUGCAGAGUUGCAAAGGAGGUUAAAGAGGAUUUGAUGGAAGCAGUAAGAUUGCGUGACCCAAUUAUUGUUGCUGCUGAUGUUGAAUCACUGAUGUUUGAAAGGAUGGGGCUUUUCAAUGGCACCAAACAAUUGAAGUACAGGUCAAUAUUGUUCAACAUGAAGGAUCCAAAGAAUCCAGAUUUGAGAAGGAAAGUUCUUCUUGGACAGAUUAAGCCAGAGAAACUCGUCACUAUGACAGCAGAAGAGAUGGCAAGCAAUCAAAGGCAAUUCGAGAAUGAUCAAAUCAGGAAGAAAUCUUUGUGGAAGGAGAUGAAUGCAGAGCAACAGCACAAAUCAGUGGAUCCAAUGGAAUAUUGAGGCCUUAAUUUGUUGCUGUUAAUCAACAUUGAUACAAGAUUUAAUUCUUUUGUACAGACAAUUCAAUCCUAGUUCAUGUUAGUUAUGCUCUAGCUGCUGAUGUAACUGAAUCUCAGUGAUUUGUUUUGGGUAAAUCAUUUAUUCAUUCGUCAA